UCUCCAUUCGUCUUCUUCAAAAGAAGGGAAGGCAAGAUGAAGAACUCUUUGUUGCUGUGCGUGGCCUUGGCCGUCUCCUUGGGGUUUGUCCUUGUGGCAGGUUAUCCAUGGGAGUCUGAGAAUGAGGAAAACGUGCUGGUCAAUAACAAGUGUCAGUGUGUAACGGUGACCUCCAAGUUCGUCCCCUCCAAAGAAAAUCCUGAUGAAGAAAUCCUGGAGAGAAACAUACGCAUCCUAGUUCCCCUGAGGGCUCGAGAGAACAUCUCUGACCCCUUGUCCCCUCUCAGAACCACUUUUGUUUACCGCAUGACUCAACUCUGCCAAAAAUGCAAUCCUGUAGAAAUUGAGCUGGGUGGCCAAAAAUACAAGGCUCAGCAAAGCACCUCCUGCGAUGAACCCGAAACCUGCUAUACCUACAACAGGGACACGUGCUACACCACCACCUUCCCAUUGCGCUACCAUGGGGAGAUAAAACAAGUUCCAGCAGUUCUGACGCCCGAAUCCUGCUUCGCCGAUUAG